AUGAGCUCUCCCGAAGCUUUGACUGUCAAUGGCGUUCCCGCCUUGCGCGAGAAAUCGGCCCCGAUGCCUACCGAAGUCGCAGCGGCGACUAACAGCGAUAUGUUCAAGAGUCCGGCUUGUCAUACUAAGCCCAAGGCGAAGCGGUUUGAUCAUUUUCUUUCAACCGAAUCUAAGUCUCGCAAGGCUUCAACACUGAAGAAUGCUGCGAGAUAUCUCAAGAAUGAAGGCAUAAUCUCACUCGGCGGUGGUCUGCCUUCUGCUGAAUACUUCCCCUUUGAGAGCCUCGACAUCAAGGUUCCUACUCCACCAGGAUUCACUCCAGAGGCGACCCAGAAGACCGGAUCUACUUUGCACGCUGGAAAGCACGAUAUUAAAGAAGGAAGCAGCGCUUAUGACUUGGAAAUUGCUCUUAACUAUGGCCAGGCUACCGGAUCUGCUCAGCUGCUUCGUUUCGUCACUGAGCACACAGAGAUUAUUCACAACCCUCCAUACGCUGACUGGCAAUGCACAUUGACCGCUGGCAGCACUUAUGCUUGGGACACUGCCCUCCGCAUGUUGUGUGAGCGAGGUGACUACCUAAUGAUGGAGGAGUACACCUUCGCCAGCGCUGCAGAGACCGCAUUCCCUCUAGGCGUUAAGCCGCUGGCCAUCGCAAUUGAUGAGCAAGGUCUCAUCCCCGAGGCCAUGGAUGAUAUUCUCAGUAACUGGGAUGUCAAUGCUCGCGGUGCCCGCAAGCCCCAUGUUCUAUACACUAUCCCAACAGGACAGAACCCCACCGGAGCUACUCAGUCAGCUGAGCGCCGCCGUGCUGUGUACAAGGUUGCACAGAAACACGACAUCUACAUCGUUGAAGACGAGCCGUACUACUUCUUGCAGAUGCAGCCGUAUGUCGGCGAUGGAGCUGCGGCUCCUCCUCCCCCAGCCAGCCACGACGAGUUCAUCAAGGCGCUUGUUCCAUCUUUCCUGAGCAUGGACGUUGACGGCCGUGUGUGCCGAUUGGAAUCGUUCUCCAAGGUCAUUGCCCCUGGUUCUCGAGUUGGUUGGAUUGUUGCCUCUGAGCAGAUGGUUGAGCGCCUGGUCCGCAACUUCGAGGUCUCCUCGCAAAACCCCUGCGGUAUCUCUCAGCUUGUCCUCUUCAAGCUUCUGGAUGAACACUGGGGACACACUGGAUAUCUGGACUGGCUCAUCCACGUUCGUAUGCAAUAUACUGGACGCCGCGACGCGCUACUACAUGCAUGUGAGAAGCAUCUGCCCAGCGAGAUUGCUCACUGGGUCCCCCCUACCGCGGGCAUGUUCCACUGGAUUGAGGUUGACUGGCGCAAGCACCCUGGUGCUGCCAGCGGCAAGACUUACGACCAGAUCGAAGAAGAGAUCUUCCUGGCUGCCGUCGACAAGAAUGUCCUCUUGUCUCGCGGUAGCUGGUUCAAGGCUGACAGCUCAGCUACAAUGGAGAAGAUGUUCUUCCGCGCGACCUAUGCUUCUGCCAAUGCGGAGAAUAUCGAUAAAGCUAUUAACCGCUUCGCAGACACCCUGCGGACUCAGUUUGGUUUGUAA